AUGAACUUUGCGAAUAUGGAAACACAUCUACCAAAUUCCUUCCACGGAAGCGAUAACGGUGCAAUUCACGCGUAUCUUCUUGAAACAUUAGUACCGGAUACUCGACGCGAUGCCCAUGUCUGCUAUUCCAUUUGGCAUCAAUCCAGUGGAUUCGAGGACUUGUUCCUAUUUGAAGCCUGCAUUCGGUCCAUAAUCGGGUCACAAAGAACCUUCGAGAACGUGCGAAUCGUGCGAAAGGGCACUGGAUGGGUUCGUGACAUAUGGAUAACGGGCAGUUUGUGGAGCUCUGAAAGAGAUUUCAUGCUCCAUGGAAUGAAGGAAAGCGAUCGGUCCGCGGUACCAGAUGGAUUAUUCUCGUAUCUAAGGUAUCCCGUUACAUACAUAUCAGCUAAAAAAGUUCUACGCUAUUCAUUUUCUUGUUUCUUGUUAAGAAGGAGCUCGUGUGAGGAAUGUGAGGAAUAA